AUGUCUGGAUCAAUUUUAAAAUAUGUUGCACCUUCAACAUCUACCGCAGUAGGAGAAAGUGCUGAAGACGUUCAGUCUGUUGAAUCCAGAGGUGAAAUGCCUGAAGUAUCUUCUCAAGAAGCUUCAUAUGUGAAAGCGCAAGAAUUGGAGAAGAUCAUUUUAUCUUCAAGCGGUGAAAGUGAUGUAGAUGAAGGAGAUGCCAGCAGAAGCCUGCAUCAGCAAGACUCUGAUGAUGAUGAAGAAGAAGAGGAGACUGUUCGACUGUCAGUUUAUUCUGAUGUUGCUGCUUGGCCAGUUCCAGUUCCAGAUGUUUUAAGAGUGGACCUUAUUAAGAGGGGAAGUGAACCUUUCCAAAAUAGAGAUGGGCCAUUCAGUCCUGUUGAAAGGCAAGGAGAGAAAUCAAAAGGGAAGAGUCAACAGCUGACCACUGCAUGGCUCUAUAAGGCUCUGCCUAAUGGCGAAAAAAUUCUUAGAAUGUGGAUGGUGUACUCUCCAUCAAAACAAAGUUUGUUUUGUUUUUGCUGCAGACUUUUUGCUGUUGAUGACAAAGUAACAGGGGCAUCCAGUUUUGUUACUGGGUUUCAAUUGUGGUGGAAGCUGAACACAAAGGUGUCUGAUCAUGAGGCUUCUGAGCAGCAUCUUACAUGCUUGGAGAAAUGGAAGACCUUGAGAGCAGGAGUGAAGCUACAAAAAUGCCUUGAUCAUGUCCAUCAAACAACAGUGGACAGAGAAAAAAGGAAACGGAGGGAUAUUUUGCAUCGCCUUUUGGAUGUAACUUUGGUUCUGGCUCACCAGAAUCUUCCCUUUCGUGGUCAUAGAGAGACCAUGUCAUCUGCAAACAAAGGCAACUUCCUCGAAUUGGUAGAAUUGCUCUCAAACUAUGAUCCCAUUUUAAAGGAACAUGUAUGUACGUAGUGGGGAAUCGCGAUGGAUCCUAGCACAAAUCUAAACCCAUUUACCCCCCCCCCAUAACGAAAGACCACUUAGUAUGGAUGAACAGGCCACAGCAUUUAUUAUCACAAACUAAAUUACUGCAUAACACAUCCAUAACUUUAUUUAUUAAAUCUCUUCUUUCUGUAACCAAAACGUUAGACAUAAAUAAGCAUAAAUUAACAUACAUACAUAUAUAACUCCACCCAUAGUGUUAUACAGUGACCCAACCGUCCUUGCCAAUAAACAUACAGUGGUUCCUAAUCACCACUUCCUCUCACCUCCCCCCUCGUCAUAAAAAUCAUAUAUUUCCAAUGCCCGCCAUCAGCCGACCUUAUCCAUGCUCGAUGGGCACGACACCUCAGGCAACCUAAUGUUUAACCUUUUGAAGCAGGGGAGGUUGAGACCUAAAAAAACUUGUUCAUCUCAUUCCAUAUACUUAAACGUAACCACUCAAACUCAAUUGGCAAGGACAUACCCCCGGCUAGCUGUGACGAAAUAUACCAAUAGUACGGGCGGGAGGGAAGCUGUUUGCUGGCCCGAAUCCCAAGUGGCACUGAGGUAAGACCUCCCCCACACUAAUUUACACAGAACAUAAUCCCACCCACACACUCUUUUAACCCCUUAAGGACCAAAUUUCUGGAAUAAAAGGGAAUCAUGACAUGUCACACAUGUCAUGUAUCCUUAAGGGGUUAAACCGAUCCCAUGCAUCUAUCCCCACACUCCUACAUGUGCCCUUGUCCGCUUAGCUGCGCUAUCUCCCCAGGGCCUUUUCAUGAGGCUGAAACAUGCUGUUGCAUCUGGAAAGAGAAUGACUUCCUAUUUCUCUCCAAAAAUUCAGAACGAAUUAAUUUGUCUUUUGGGAAAUCAUGUGAAGGCCAAAAUAGUGGCUGAUAUCAAGAAAGCAAAGUACUUUGGGAUUCUUUUUGACAGCACCCCUGAUGUGUCCCACACUGAUCAGAUGUGUGAAGUGUUCACAUAUGUUCAUAUCGAAGGGGACCAUGUUGAAGUAAAGAAAUCAUUCUUGGGCUUCUUUCCUGUUGCUGAAAAGACUGCUGCUGAGCUCACAGAAAAUAUCCUGCAACAUGUGGAGGAAGAUGGACUAGACAUAAGCCUUUGCCGUUGUCAAGGAUAUGAUACUGCUGCAACUAUGGCAGGGAUUCAUGGUGGUGUUCAUGCAAAAAUAAAAGAGAUUAAUCCCAAGGCUUUGUUUAUGCCAUGUGCAAACCAUUCCCUGAACCUAUGUGGGGUGCACUCAUUUGGAAGUGUUGCUUCCUGUGUGACCUUUUUUGGAACAUUGGAGAGAGUGUAUUCCUUUUUUUCGGUUUCUACACAUCGUUGGGAAUUGCUGAUGGAAAAUAUAGGUGUGACAGUGAAAAGACUUUCCCAAACAAGAUGCUGUGAAGCCAGUGAGGGCAAAUUUUGA